AUACAAUAUAUAAACCGAACUCCCCUUGGCCGAGCCUGGUUAUCCCAUCUCCCUGUCAGUCCCUCGCGAAAUGCCAAAUCGUCCUUAAAAUCGGCCUAUUGCGAUGUGCAGAAGGAGAAAUGACGGAGUGGAGUCGAGUGCUGUGGAAGAAGCAGCCUUACCCAGAUAAUUACGUGGGCGACUCCUUCCUCAGAGUCAGCAAGAAACGUCGUGAAGUCACAUACGGACAAGCUUUUUAUUCAGCAACAGCUGUUACCCAGGAAAUAUGCAGCUGUCUCAUCCUGGUUGCAGUAUUCUGUGGGCUUUCAGAAGGUCACAUGAAAGCUACAAGUGUUUUGAUAUUCACAGCUGUUCUGGGUGUUACAGGAUAUUUCAUUACCAGAUCUCAGCUCAAAUCUUCAGCCAGAGAUAAUAUCAAAUUGGUGUGCUUCUAUGUAGUACUGAUCUCUUGUGCAUCACCAGUGGUUAAGAGUUUGACAGGCAGUGUUGCCACAGACACAAUUAAUGCUUGUACAACUGCAUUGCUCCUGUUAAGGAUUGUCCACCAGGACUAUGGUGCUCUUGUUGCAAUAGUAAAUCCAACAGUGUCACACAACCUGGGAGUAUUUGCAUCAGUAUGUCUCGCGUCUAGACUUGGAAGUGACAGGGAUGUGUUUGCCCUGAUGACUCUGGCUGUGGCUCUGUUUGCCCUCUUCCCAGGGUUCAGGAAAUACUGUAGGUUAUAUGUAGUUGUACUUAACAGAACAUAUGGAGCAGUUGUUAGCAAAUUGGAAAACAACUGA